AUGGGGAGGAAAAGCAGAGCCGCAGUGGAAAGAGGGAUGGAGGAUUGGAGGAAGAACAGAGGAAGGAGAGGCCAAGAGGGGAGGGCAUACCCGCAGAGUGGAGCCGGUGAUGGAGGAGGCGGCGGAGAAGUCCCGAAGACGGUCGCAGAUGGGGCGGGAGUCGCAGCAGGAUUCACGGCCAUGGAUGGGGCGGGAGUCUCGGUCGUGGACGGGGCGGAAGUCGCGGACGCGGACGGGACGUGGGUCGCGGACUCAGGGUCACAGGCGCCGCCGGCCCGCCGACCGAUUUCAGGUGAGCCGCCGCGCUCUUCUCUCUCCCUCUCGCCUCCCUUUCCCUCCCUCGACUGGUGCGAGUCAGAUGGAUGCGUCUUUGGCGGAAGUGCCACAAAAGAUUACCUGGAGCACAUGCUACUCGAUCAAAGUGCAAAGCCAACGAAGCUGCUGUUAGCACUACUGGAAGCCAUCACAAAUAAUUUCUCUGAUGAUCAGGUGAUAGGCAGAGGUGGGUUUGCAGUGGUUUACAAGGGAAUGCUACGAAAUGGUCCGAUCGCUGUGAAGAAGUUGUCUAAAACGCUUGAUAUGCAGGAGAAGACAUUCAUCCAAGAGGUUCAAUGUCUCAUGAAGUUGCAGCACAAGAACAUAGUGCGAUUUCUGGGAUACUGUGCUGACACACAAGGAGAAAUGACAGAAUAUGAGGGGAAGUCUGUCUUGACAGAAAUACGAAACAGGGUGCUCUGCUUUGAAUUUGUACCUAAUGGAAGUCUCCAUGAGCAAAUCACUGGUAGGGUACUUGAGAGUUGGAGGAAUAGGUUGGAGAUACCACAGCAGGACACAUCUUUACAUCAAGUACGAAAAUGCGUUCAGAUAGGAAUAAUGUGCGUAGGCCCUAACCCAGAGAAUAGACCUAUCACACAGUAUAUAAUGAAGAAGCUUAAUAAGGAGCUGGAACGCAGCGAUGAAAAAGAUUCUUUUUCAGUGAAUGGCUUCGAGAAAGGCUCCCAUUGGAAGCACACGGUAGCAAACAAAGAGCAUACAGCGUUGGUGCAGAAAGGGAAGUUGCCGCAACUGCUGGAAAUUGGAAGUGAACGGAGCAGGAGCCAAGGAAAGGUGGUGUUAGGAGUUAGGACCGAGGGGGAAGCCAGGCCAUGGAUCAGGGAUGUGCCCAAUGGAAUCCAGGGGGAGCAUGUCGCGGCAGGGUGGCCGAGAUGGCUCAUGGAGGUGGCAGUAGAUGCGGUUCGUGGGUGGCAGCCUCGGAGGGCAGACUCUUUCCAGAAGUUGGACAAGAUCCGACAAGGUACGCAUAGUAGCACUUACAAAGCCCGUGAUCUUGAGAAUGGAAAAUUUGUGGCUCUGAAUAAAGUACGGUUUGACAAUAUGGACCCUGAGAGUGUCCAAUUUAUGUCAAAUGAAAUUCACAUCUUAAGAAAGCUUGAUCAUCCAAAUGUCGUGAAGCUCGAAGGUCUGGUGCCAACAUGGAGCGGCUUGUAUCUUGUAUUUGAAUACAUGGAGCAUGAUCUUGCUGGACUCUUGGCUACACCUGGCUUCAAAUUGACAGAGCCUCAGGUGAAGUGUUUCAUGCAACAACUACUUUCUGGACUUGACCAUUGUCAUAACCGUAAUGUGUUGCACCGGAAUAUAAAGUGUGCAAGUCUCCUACUUGUCAAUAAUGGCAUUCUGAAAAUAGCAGAUUUUGGUCUAGCUACAUUCUUUAAUCCCAACCAAAAUCAACGUUUGACAAGUCGUGUGGUAACAUUGUGGUACCGGCCUCCUGAGCUUUUGUUGGGUGCUACUAACUACGGCACUGCUGUUGAUCUAUGGAGUGCCGGUUGCAUUCUUGCUGAGUUGUUGGAUGGGAAGCCUAUCAUGUCAGGACGAACUGAGGUAGAACAGCUGCACAAGAUUUUUAAGCUUUGUGGUUCACCAUCAGAGGAGUUUUGGGCUAAUUUGAAGUUAUCCCGAGUUACCAUAUUCAAGCCUCAGCAUCCGUACCGCCGAUGUGUGAAUGAUGUAUAUAAGGACUUCCCUACUACUGCUUUAACACUUCUGGACCAUCUACUUGCUGUAGAACCUGGGAAUAGGGGUACCGCUGCAUCUGCCCUUGACAGUGAAUUUUUCACAACAAUGCCUUGUGCCUGCGAUCCAUCAAGUCUACCCAAAUGGCCUCCAAGAAAGGUGAAGAAGCUACGAGGACCCGACCCGCUACCUGCCGCCGCCUCCUCCUCCCCCGCGUCGCUCUCAUCCCUCAUACGCUCCUGCACGUCCCAGUGCGCCCGUCGCCCCGGCGAGCAGGCGCACGCGCGCGCCGUCGAGCUCGGCCUCGGCGCGCACCCCUCGGUGCUCCCCAGGCUCGCUGUCUUCUACAUCGCGCUCGACGACCUCCCCGCCGCGCGUGCCGCGGUCGAGCGUGCGGCGGGAAAGGCGCGGGCGUUCCCGUGGAACCUGCUCAUUUGUGGGUAUGCCGACCGUGGGCUGUGGGGCGACGUGGUCCUCGCUUGCCGCAGGAUGCUGGCGCUGGGCGUGGCCGCCGACAGGUUCACGUACCCGUCGGUUCUGUGCGCUUGCGGCGAGCUACGGGAUGCCUCGGUUGUCCCGGAGAUUGAGCAGCGCGUUCGGUCGUGGGGAUAUGGUCUGGACAUGUACGUCUGGAACGCUCUGGUGGGGGUGUGCGCCAAGUGCGGGGAGAUGGAGGACGCGCGCAGGGUGUUUGAUGGAAUGCCUGCGCGGGAUGUUGUCAGCUGGAAUGCCAUUGUGUCUGGGUACGCGUCGGCUGGUAUGUGGGGCGAGGCGUUUGACCUGCUGCAGUGGGUUCCUAAUGCGGUUGGAGCAGGAAAUUUGAAGGUGGGGAACGAUGGCGAGGUGAUGAGGUUUGUGUCGCAGAUGAAGAGUUGCCAUGGUCCGGGGCUGGAUUCUGUGACUGUUGUGAUUGGACUCAGGGCAUGUGCUAGGAGUGGGUAUCUGAAGAUUGGCAAGGAGUUGCUUGCUGUGUCUGUUCGUCUAGGCUUUGAUAGGCUUGAGCACGUGGAGAGUUCAUUGAUCACAAUGUACUCCAGAUGCCAAAUGAUGAGCUCUGCAUACCGCCUGUUCAGAACAUGCUCAACUCAAAGCGUAGUAAUAUGGAAUUCAUUGCUAGCAGGAUUUGGAUUCAUGGACCAGGUUGAGGAAGCUAUUUUGCUUUUCAGAGAGAUGAUUUAUUCCUCUGUCUUUCCAAAUGAUGUUACUCUGUUAACUAUGCUUUCACUUAGUGCACGUUUUGGACACCUCUGUCACGGAAGGGAGAUGCACUGCUACAUUUUCAAGCAUGGACUCGGUGCCUCUAACAUACUGCAGAACUCACUUGUCGAUAUGUACUCAAAGUCUAGACAGAUGGCAGCUGCUCAGAGAGUGUUUGAUCAGAUGCAAUGUCAAGACAGGCACGCCUAUACUUCAUUGAUUUUGGGCUAUGGAAUGCAAAGAGAAGGGCAUCUAUCACUGAAGCUCUUUGAUGAAAUGAUCGCCAACAAUAUCAAGGUGGACCAUGUAACUAUGGUUGCUGUUCUUUCAGCCUGCAGCCACUCUGGGCUGGUAACUCAAGGGCAGCUACGAUUUGCUGAGAUGUUUGAUGUGUUUUGCAUUGCACCAAGGGUGGAGCAUUUUUCUUGCAUGGUUGAUUUGUACUGCCGUGAGGGUUUGCUGAGUAUGGCUGAGGAGAUAAUUAACAAGAUGCCAUUCCAGCCAACUGCCGCGAUGUUGGCAACUUUAAUUAAGGCUUGCAGGAUCCAUGGAAAAACAGAAGUUGGGGAUCGAGCUGCAAAGAGGAUGCUGGCCAUGAGGACAAACAACCCCGGUCACUACAAAUUGACUGCAAACAUGUAUAUAUCAGCAAAACGCUGGCCAGAACUAGCCAAGGUUAGAUCAUUAAUGAGCGUCAUGGAGCUAAAUAUGAUUCCAACUCAUUCCCUACUAGAGUCAGAAUAUGACAUAUGUCCAGUCGAACAAGAUUGUUGCUUAAACGGCAGUAUGCAUGGAGGCUUGUCUGAUGACAUGACAGAUACUGAUUUCUCUAGUAGUGAGGAAGUGAAAUGCAAUGAAGCUUUUGGUGGGUAA